AUGGAAGGCGACCCAGAGUUCUUGUCACACUUGCAGCAACUUGGCUCCGAGUACAAACGACUAAAGGAGCAGCGUGAGGAAUCCCAACGGCUCGCUGACUCCCUGAAGGCUCAGAAUAACGAAUUAGCCACAGCUAAUCAAGAGUUGGCGAGGCAGCGAAAGGAGCUCUUGCUUGAAAACGAAACCCUAAUAGAAAAGCUUCAGGCAACAACUCAGGAGAAGACCUUGCUGGAAGCGCAGCAGCAAGAGCACCAGAAUCAGCUACAGGCUCUACAGCAGGAGCUGCAGCAACACCAGCAAGCCGCAGCUACUGCGGCGGCGGCAGCAGCAGCCGAAUUCGAGGCUGCAAACCUAAAGUUGAGGGAGGCCAGUCGUAAGGCAACCGCAGCAGCCGAAGCCGCUGAACGACAGCUGAAGGAAACGCAGGAAGGUGCAGCAGCAUUCAAGCUGAAAGCAGAGGCGCAGCAGAGGCAACUGAUAGAAGCCAAUGCCAAACUCAGCCAUGAGAACAGGGAGCUUUCGGAAAGAAGCAAGGACCUCAGCGACCGAAACCGAAACCUGCAGAAAAAAAGGCAAGAGCUGGCGGAGCAGGUCAAAACCCUGGAGGCGGCGCAACGGCGCAGUAAUGACGAACAGCAGCUGCAGCAGCAGCAGCUUCAGCAACAACAGGAGGAGUUGCGCUCCGUUAAGCAAACCAAUAGAACACUACUAGCGAAGAGUAAGCAGCAACAAGAGGAGAGACAGGAGGCCCUCAAGCAGCUUCGGCAGCAACUGCAAGAUCUCCAGCAACAGCAGCAACAGCAGCAGGAACAGCUUGAUAAGCGUACCCAGGAAAUUGCAGCAACAGAGUCGCAGCUGGCCCAGCAGCAGCAAGCGGCUGCAGCUCAGCAAGAGCGGCUACAACAGCAGAUCGAGCAGCAGCAGCAGCAGCUGAGAGCAGCUGUAGCUGCGAAUACGAAAGCAGUGGAUGACCUUAACACUGAAAAGGCACGCGCAGCAGAAGAUCGCAUGCAUUUUGAGAUACGGCUGCAGGAGCUACAGCAGCAGCAGCAGCAAGCAGCGGCGGCAGCUGCUGCAGCAACUGAAGAACAGCAAGACGCAAUCAGGAGAGUAGAGGCUCUUUGCAGUGAACGCCAGCGGGCGUACGAAUAUCUGGGACCUCUUUUGGUGCAGGUGCCGCAUCAUAGCAGCAGUAGCAAGCGGAGCUGCAGCAACAGCAGCAAGCGCGGUAGCAGCGACGGGGAGGAGGAUGACGAAGACCGAGUCGGUGGCGCCCUAGCAGCAGCAGCAAAACGUGCUGCAGCAGCUUAUAUGCAUUUGAGGAACGAGCACGAUAGAGCUUGUCAGGAAGCAGAGCUACUACGGCAGGAGCUGCUGCAGCAGCAACAACAGGAACAGAGACUCCAGCGGGAAAUUAGGAUGGCUACAGAAGAGACUCACGCCGCUGUUAGAGAGAAGAGAGAGCUGGCUGCUCACUAUGUGGCCCUUGCACAGGGUGUGCAACAGCUGGCACGCGAUAGUGAAUCAUUGGGUAUCUGCGGCCUACUGCAAGAGAAGAAGGAGCACGGCACUUCGCUAGUGCCUCUUAGAACAAGUGUUGCGACAAAUGCUCAAGCCCAUGCAGCCCAAGAGUGGAAUCCUCUUUCUGCCAGAGCCUCCACCACCGACAGCUACGCAGUCGCUUCGCCACACGCUCAAACCUAA